AUGAGUAAAGAUACUGACCACUUCAGGUUUGAGGGAUUUAACAAGCAGUUAGUUAAGAUAGAUGUUGAUGUUACACAUAAAAUCAAGUAUGUUGGUGACAAAGAAAAGACUGAUGAGACAUUUUUCUUUGCUGGUGUCUGUAAUAGAAUCGGUGUUGACAGUACAACAGAAUUUUAUAAUUUUCGUUGUGAAAUAGCUAAUAGUUUUAAAUCAUAUGAAGAACUUAUUUACAAUAAGGAUUUGAUAGUAAAAGCUCUCAUCAAACAUUUACAAGUUCCCAAUACUUUAGCUUUAGAAUCAUUGUUACAUUUAGUUGUUGAGUUAUCUAGAGAUCUACAAGCUGAUUUCUGUGAAUAUUUUGAUGAGUUUUUCAACACAUUGACCCAGAUAUUGACCAGUUUCAGUCAGGACACCAAAGCCUUGGAGAAUGUUUUCACCACCUUUGCUUAUCUCUUUAAAUAUUUAUGGCGUUAUUUUAUCAAAGAUUUACAGAAAAUAUGGAGGCCGUAUUCAACAUUAUUGUACAACAAUCAGAAAGAUUUCAUCAAGCACAUGGCAUCUGCUAGUAUAGCUUUUCUACUCAGAAAGGUGAAGAAUAGAAAUAAAUUGUUAGAUUUUUUGUUCAAUGAUUUGAAAGAACAUCCAGAGUUAGUACAAGGUAUUGGAAUGACUCUAUUUCAAAUAGUGAAAGGUGUUGAUAACAGAUUUCAUCAUAUCAGUCAAGAGAUUUUUCCAAUUGUGUUCUAUAAAUUAGGACAGUGGAAUCCUGAUAACAACAAGUUUAAAGCAGCAUUGAAUUUAGUUGAGAAAUGUAUUAAGAUAUUUGUUAAAGAAUGUUUAUCUUUUACCACUGUUAAAUACUGUGAUACUAUGUGGAACUCUUUAUUAGAAAGUAUCAAACAAGUUUAUAUUGUAUGUAAAGAGGCAUCUGAAGAGAAAUUUAACAAAAUAUGUAAACAACUGAACAGAAACUUGAAAAUGUUUCAAAUAAUGUUACAAUAUAGAAAUGGUGCCUUUAUUGUUGAUUUCUAUACACCUAUUACUGAAAUUAUUGGAAGUCUAUGUAGUGAACCUAUAGUCGAGGAAGCAGUAACUGUAACUAUAUUAUCAGUAGUAGAAACAUAUUUAAUGGUAUCUCAAUAUCAACAUCUACAUCAACCAUUAUCUAUACGUUCUAUAUUACAUAAUAUCUUUACUAACUUUACAUUUCAACAACUCUCACAACAUCUACCAACUCUUCUUAAACUCAAGAUAUUUGAUGCUGAAAUCUUACCACAUUUAUUGCAAUACAUCAGCAGCCAUUAUGUAGGUGGUAACCAUGACGACCAAAUUUUAAUGGUGAAAACUAUGGUAGAUAUUAUACUACAGAAAUCAGUUAUACAUAUUGAAGAUGGUUCACAUUUACACACCCUCAAAUUCUUUUAUUUAUAUGAGAGAUGUAAACAGUUGAAAGGUUGUAAAAUGGAUAGUGUAUGUAAAGUUAUGUUGAAUGAAUUAAAAAAUCCUGAUUGCGGUACAGUACAGAAAUGGUCAUAUUUCAUUUGCCUUCAAAGUUUGUUGAGCAGUAAUGUUGAGUUGAUGAAAAUCUGUUGUGAUUUAUGGCACUCUUCCUUUUCUAGUAUCAAAAAUACAUCAAAUGUGAAAGGGAAAGAUUCUUUAUAUUUUUUGCUGUAUCAAGUUGUAAUAUGUAUGACAUUAUUAAAAGUGAAAGAUGAACAUAAUUUAUGUACGUAUGUUAAAUGGAAUGAUGUUCUUCAAUUAUUAAAGUAUAAUGAAGAGAAUGUAAUAGUAUUAAGAAUUGUAGAUAUUUAUUUAAGUCAGGCUGUUCAUAUUAAACCAGAAUUAUUAACACAGAAAUUACAACUAGAAAUAUUGGAUAUUAUAUAUUGUAAUCUAUCACACUGGUCUAGAAAGGUUCGGAUAUUAACAACACAUAUUUUAUCAUUGUUUCCUAUUAGUCAAUCUACAAAUCAACAGGAUGAAGAAAUAGUAAAUAUAUUUGAGAUAUGUUGGAAUGCAGAGACUAUAAUUCCAACAUUACAUUCAUACAGAGAUAGAUUGGUUUACUUACAAAAACUAGAUUAUAAUCAUAUUAAACAGUCAUUAACUCAUACUGCUCUGGAAAAGGUGCCUGUACUAUAUUUAAUUGGUAAUCUAUUCUGUAAUUUGGCUCUAAUGUGGGAGAAAGUUAAAACACUUAUAGCUACACAUGCUCAAGGUUUAGAAGUUGAUAUAUUUUGGGAACAAUUCUGCAGCCAUUUACAAAAAACAGCUGACAAAUUUGUAAAAGGUGAUAAAGAAGUUGCUAUGGAAACAGAGGAUGAUGAUGAAGAAUAUUUAGAUAUUGUUUUUAAUGAUCAGAUAGUAUUUAGUAGAAAUGAAGAUAGAUCUCCUGAUUUUGUCUCAUUUAGAAUGCAAUUGUGGAAAUCCAUGACUUUGUUUCCUGAAGUCUGUCAGAAUAAGCUGAUAGAUGUUGGCCGAUUUCUCUCUGAUUUCAUUAAGGAUGAAUAUGUACCAUUGGAUUUUGAAAAUAUGAAAGAGAACAUACAACAUACUAAAUCUGAUUCAACUGAAGAAGAAGAGGAAGAUGAUGAAGAAGAAGAUAGUGAAAAAGAUCCUGAGAAAGAAGAAACGAUACGAAAUGUUGUGAAAAUGUCCCAGUUGAAUAAAAACAAAUGUUUAGUGGUUCAUCUACAAUUGAUGUCAUGUAUAAGUAAACCUAAAAAGAUGAAAGGUUAUAAUGAAUUGUUAAUGAUCUAUUUGAAAUUGUUACAGAAUCAUGAUCCUGAAAUACAGAAAGAAGCUUUUAAUUGUAUAGCUACAUUUCAAUUUCCUUAUGUUAAUCCUUAUAGGGAAAAUCUUCAGAAUAUUAUUAAUAAUGCUAUGUUUAAAGAAGAAUUAUUAAAAUUUGGUUUAGAUGAAGAUACAAGUAUAAUUAAACCUGAACAUAGAGAAAAUCUCAUUCCUUUAUUAUUGAGAAUUUUAUUUGGUAAAAUGUUGAGUAAAGCCAAGAAAGAUGGUUCAGGAAAGAUAAAAGAUUCAGUAAGAAAAGAUAUGAUAUUAAGAUUUGUUAGUGAUUGUAAAGAUAAUGAAUUAAGAUAUUUUCUACAACUGUUAUUUUCACCAGUUCUUUGUUUCACUGGAGAGAAUGCAAUAGAAGUGAUACAGAAUAUAAAGACAUCGUUAGAUCUGACUAAAGUCAUACCAUUACAAAUUACUAAAGGAAUAUUAAAUAUGAUUGAUACAGUAAUCAAGAAUUUAAAGACAAGUUUAGAGUUUUAUAUUGGUGAUUUAUUAAGUAUAUUAGUAGGACUAUAUAACUAUAUGAAUACUAUAUUAGAUAUGUGUACAGAAGUGAAAUAUUCUGUAUUAAAUGAUGUUAGAACAUGUCGUAAUGUAUCACUAACUAGAUUAAUACAGGUGUUUGAUAAUUUCUUUGAGUAUGAUUACACAGCAAGUCAAAUUGAUGUUGUGUUUCAAGUUUUAGUUUGGCCAAAGAUGAAACAAGUUUCUACAGACACACAAGAUCAUAUACCACAGAUAUUAUCUUUAUUCAAUGUCUGGUCCAAAUAUCCCAGUUAUUAUCCUUUGUUAAAGAAAGAACAUCUAGAAAUAAAGAGAACACCAAUGAGUGAGAUUUUUACUCUGUUGAAUAAAGAGAAUUUAUUACGGAAGAAAGGAGAAUAUAUAAUGAAGAUUAUAUGUAAUUUAUUAAAUAUAGACCUAUCUACUGAUAAUGUUGAUGAUAUACAAGAUGAUGAAAUGAGUGACAGUGAUUCUGAUGAAGAGAUGAUUAUAGAUUCUCAAGACAAGGAUGACGAAGAGAAGAAUGGAAUAGAGUUAUUAUUACCAUAUAUAUCAGAUAUAUUAAAAUACUUACAAACUACUAUACAUAGUCAAAUAUCAUUAUCUACUAAACAACAUGGUCAUAUAGAACUACAGAUACUUUCAAGGAUAUCUGACUAUACCAAUGAUAAAGAACAAUGUGAAAAAUUGUGUAGUUUAUUACUAUCUUUCUUUAAUAAGAAAUCCAAAUAUACUCCAGAAUAUGAAGAGAAAUUAUUAAAUUGUACUAAAAAGUUACUUGGAAUAGUAGAAUCUCCAGCGAAAUUUCUCAGACCCCUGUCAGCCUUAUUCUGUGUCUUAUGUGAUAGAAAUUCUAGAAAGGUUUUAUGUCAGACAUUUGAGAUUGUUGCUGAUGAUAAAAUCAGUGAUAUUGUUGUUAAGUUAAAUUCGUGGAAUCCAUCAAGAACAGAUGAACCUGACUAUGAUAAAAGGUUAAAAGCAUUCAGUGUAUUUAAUUCUAUGAUAGUACAGAGCUCCACUCUCAAUGCUGACAAUAUAUUACCUGUAUUAUACAAUUGUAUAUAUUAUAUUAAUCAAGAAGAUGAUAUGUCAUUAAGAGAAUCAGCUGUUAAUUGUAUAGAAAUUGUUAUUAAACAGAUGUCCAAAUUAGAAAUUGGCAUCAAAGAUAAUUUAUUUCAAGUUAUCAUUAAAAAUCUACUGAUAACUAAAAUACAACAAGGCAUUAAUAAUAAAACUGAUGUUGUUCAUAAUAAAUAUGUACAUCUAUGGUCUAUAUUGGUAGAUGAAUAUCCUACUCUAUCUAUAUGUGAAGGUUUAGAUGAGCUAAAGACCUUGGGAUUUUUUGAUGGUAUUGGACACGUUCAGAUGCAAAAGAGAGCUAUAGCAAUAAGAAGUUUAAAGAAAUAUCUAGAGAGUCAUACACCUAACUCUGGGUUAUUGAAUAGUUAUUUUCUACCUAUAGUUAGUAGAUUUGUAACUGAUGAAUGGUAUGGUAAACAGAAUGAUUUAGUAGAUUCCGCUAUAGAGACACUUGGUAGUAUAAUAAAAUUAUUACCCUGGUCUGUCUAUUAUCAACAAUUAAAACGAUUUCUACAACUACUAGCUACUAAAUUAUCUCAACAAAAAUUACUAGUCAGGGUUAUAUCAGCUUUAUUGAACUCAUUUCAUUUUGAUCUGAGUAAGUCUACAUUUAAACUACCCAAAAAACCAGUUUUUGAUAGAAGGAAAAAAUUUAAAGGUAAAUAUAAAGGUAAAGAAGAAGUGAAGAAUGAAGAAGAGGAAGAGGAAGAAGAAGAUGAGUUUACUCUUCCUGUAGAUACUAGUGUUAAAAAGGGUCAGAUGGAAGCAUGUAGUGAAGAAUUGGCUACCAAAAUACAUGAAACUCUUGUUCAUGAAACUAUACCUUGGCUCCAUAAACUUAUUACACAAAAGGCUAAAAGUGAAGGUCAACAUAGACUAGUACGUUCAGCGUUUGCAAGAGAUGAUGAAAUAUUACGAGUUCCACUUGCUCUAGCUUUAGUUCGUUUAUUACAAAUGUUACCACAUAAAAUAUUAGAACUGAAAUUACCAGGGGUUAUAUUGAGAAUUUGUUUAUUCUUAAAAUCAAGAGCGAAAGAAAUUCGAGAAAAUGCUCGCUCUACACUCAGUAAAAUCUGUGUUGUAUUGGGCCCCAAAUAUUUCCCUUUUAUAUUAAAACAGAUGAAAUCAGUGUUAGUGAAGGGUUAUCAGGUUCAUAUAUUGUGUUAUUCUGUACAUACACUAUUAGUUCAUAUGGUAACUAAAUUAAAACCAGGAGAUUUAGAUUCAUCAUUAAGAUUAUUAUCAGAUAUAUUUAUAGAGGAAAUGUUUGGUAAGGUAGCAGAAGAGAAAGAAGUAGAAGCUAUAACCAAUCAAAUGAUAGAAGCUAAGAAUAAGAAGGGACCUGAGGCGUAUUUUCUUAUUUCACAAUAUAUAAAGGCCUCUUCUUUAACUCAGUUAUUACAACCUUUCAAAGAGAAAGCACAAACUACAUCAUCUUAUAAAACAGCACAGAAAGUUUCUGAAGUUUUACAGAGAAUAUCAAUGGGACUUUUAUUAAAUAAUGAAAUAGAUAUGAAAACAUUAUUAAUAUUUAUACAUUCAAUUACUGAAGAGAAUUUACAUCUAACAUAUAAACAGUCUGAAAAAAAGGCAGAAGACACCUCUGAAAUUCAAGAAAGCAGAAGACCUGAGAGUUGUCUUCUCUUACCACCAUCAGUGCCUCAUGGUAUCACUAAACCUAAAAUACAUAAGAAUGCCAAUAUUCAUAUAAUUGUUGAAUUUGGUCUAAGCAUAUUGGUGAAUUGUCUGAAGAAAUUAGAUCAUAAUAACAAAGAACAUUUAGAGAUGUUAGAUCCAUUUGUAAAUAUUAUAUCUCAAUCUCUAUUCUCUACUCAUAUAUUGAUAAAUACCUACAGUUUAAGAUGUCUGACCUAUCUAUUACAUUUCAAUUUACCCACAUUAAAACUAACUAUUACCAAAAUAGCUAAUGGAAUGUUUAUUCUAUUAAAAAAUUAUGCUUCUGCUGGGGCUGCUCGUGGUAAAAAUACAGAACUUGUCAAUGUUUGUUUUAAGGCUGUUACAGUAUUAGUAAGAGAUGUACCCUAUUAUAAAAUAGAUGAUGAUCAGUUACAUGUUUUAUUAUCAUUCUGUGAAGAAGAUGUACUGGAUUAUAACAGACAAUCUACAGCUUUCACUUUAUUAAAGGCUAUAUUAUCUAGAAAAAUAAAUAUAGAUGAACUACAUGAGUUAAUGAAUAAAAUAAAAGAAAUGAGUAUAACAUCUGAUAUUGGUAACACCAGAGUUCAAAGUAGACAGCUGUUUCUACAAUAUAUGUUAGAUUAUCCCCUUGGUAAACAAAUCAUCAAGUUUGUAGAGUAUUUCAUAGCUCAAUUACAAUAUGACCGUGAAAUGGGAAGAGAAUCAGCAUUAGAGAUGGUAGCAUCUAUUAUUACUAAAUUUCCUAAAAAAUUUGUAAAUGAACACUGUCAGUUGAUAUUUAUAUCUAUAUCAGCUGUAUUAGUUAAUGAUGAAUCAGAGAAAUGUAGAAAGUUAACUGCUUUAUGUCUGAAAAUAUUGAUAAAAGAGGUCAAUGAAAAGAACAGAAAUGAAAUGUUUAGUUUAUGUAUAACAUGGUUGAAAGAUAAAAAAGUGAGUCAUAAAUCACUAGCAGCUCAGUUAAUAGGAUUAUUUGUAGAGGUUGAGAAAGAAGAUUUUAAUCAACGUUUACCAACUAUCUUAUCAUUAAUCAGUCAGCAAUUAAAAUCAAAUACCAGCAUUAAACAGGGAAUAUCAGAUGAUGAUAUAAAAGAGACUGAUAGUUAUAUCUAUAAAUUACUCAAUACAUUAGUUAAAAUACUACAAAUAUUACCUGAUAUUGUUAAAGAAGAUCAGUGGCAAUCAGAGUUUAAUUCUAUAUGGGAAAGUGUAGAGAGUUAUUUAGAAUAUCCACAUCAUUGGGUGAGAUUAGUAUCGUGUCAGUUAUUUGGUGUAUUGUUUAGUUGUUGGACACCAGAAGACCUAGCUAGUAUGAUAGACAAACAGUCUGGUGAUAGUUAUAUCACAUUAGACACAGAAAAUAAGAUAAUAAAUCUGUUGUGGUUUUUUGUAGAUAAUAAAUGUUGUGUUUAUAUUAUAAUAAAUCUGGUGUGUUUAUUUUGUAAUUUGAUGAGAUCAGAAUAUUUAGAUGAUGAUUUAUUAAAUCAGAUUAUCAAGAAUCAGUUGUAUAUUGGUAAAAUAUUAAAAUAUAUUAACACAGAAGAGAUGAGUGCUCAAAAGAAUGAUGAUGAUGAUGAUGAUUCUGGAAAUGAUGAACCUGAGUUGACGUUAAAAUGGCUCCAUGUUAAAAUGAUACACGAAGCCAAUGAAGAAAUUGCAAAUAAAUUUAGUAAAGAUACAUUCAAGCGUGUUGGUGUAUUAAAAUGGAUUGGUGGUAUGAUAUCUACAGUCACUUCACAACAAUUAUCAGUGAUAUUACCAGUCAUAAUGCCUUUAUUACAUAGAGAGUCUACUAUAGGAUCAGAUGAAGAAUUAAAGAAAUUAGCUGAUGAAAUAUUAGAUAUGAUUAAAAAGAAAGUUCCUAUUGAACAGUUUUCACGAGUAUUUUCCUUUGUCAAUAAUAAAAGAACUGAUAGAAGAUUAGAAAGAAAGAGAAAGAGAGCUGUUCAGAUGAUAACUAAUCCAGCUCAAGCUACAGCCAAGAAAAUUCAAGAUAAUGUACAAAGAAAACUAGCUAAAAGAAAACAUACAUCAGUCAGUCGUUAUAAUACAUUAAAACAACCAUCCAAGGCUAAGAAAUUUAAAAGAAAAUGAAGUUUUUGCUCGUAUGAUCAGGAUUUGUAUAUUAAAAGAUUAAAUAGAU